UGACACCCCCAGACAUCAUGGCCGCUUUAAAAUCGUUCAUCGUGUAUAUUUUAUUCAAUUAAUAAUUUGUUAAUUGUUAUUAUUACCAAAGCAAUAAUUUUAUAAACUUAAUAUAUAUUUAAUAAAAAAAUCAUACAGGUAUUUUAAUAGAAAGAAGAAAAAAAAAAAGAGCAAUUUCUUUUUUUUACAAACGUUUUUUUUUUGUAAUUUUUUUUGACACACAAACAACAGUCAAAUAGCAAGUGUUGAUUGUCAAUAAGAUAAAGAAUUUUUAGACAAAUGCAAAUUGUUGAUAAAAUAAUAAUCACAUGGUGGAUGAUAUAUGACAGAUUGUAGCAAUCAGUUGACAUGAUACAAUGAUGCCGAUUAAGGAUAAUCAGGAUGUUGCGUGUUUUUUGGUCACAAAACACUCAUGGAAGGGAAAAUACAAACGUAUUUUUUCCAUUGGAUCAAUGGGGAUAACAACAUAUAAUCCAAGUAAUUUAGAGGUAACAAACAGAUGGGAGUAUGCUGAUUUCAUCAAUGUACAACCGACAAAUAGAAAUCAAAUUGGUUUAUAUGAAUUUAGUAUAACAAUGAGAAAAGAAAAAAAAAUUGAUACAAUGAAAUUUAGCUCUGAGCAUAGAUCAAAUUUACUAACAGAAGCAUUAAGAUUUCGUCAUCAAUUUGCUGAAAAACCAAAAGAUAUUCUGAGAUAUCCAGCAUAUAAACAUCAUUGGUCAGAUACACGAUUACCAGUUGUUCUUGAAGUAACACCAUACAGUUUGGAUCAACUUGAUCCAGCAACAAAUUUACUUCUUGCUAGUUAUUUUUAUAAAGACAUUGAAGGAAUUGGUACAAUGCGUGAUUAUCCAGAUGGUUUUGUUAUUGUUUGUGCUGGUUUUGGUCGUUUACAUUUAUUUGCAUCACAAAAAGUUGAUGAUAUUAAAAAAAAAAUUGUUGAUUCAGCACAAAUAAAUCUUGGUAUUAAUAUGAAAGUAUUAAAAGAAACAAUUCCAUUUGAUGAAUUUACUGUACAAAGAUUUGGUAGAUUUAGUGGUGAUGAAUAUAUAACAAGUAUAUCAGAAUUUACAGUACAUAAAAUAUCAACAAGACAUUCUGAGCCACAAAGAAGAACAUUAUGUUUAUCUGAUACAUGUUUACUUGAAAGAGAUCCACAAACAUAUAAUAUAUGUACAUUAAGACCAUUGUCUGAUGUAUUUGCACUUGUUAGAGAUAAUUUAAAUCCACAAUUAUUUACAAUACAGUAUUUAAAUGGACAAAUUAGAAGUUAUAUGGCAACAGAUAGAGAUUCAUUAUUAGCAUCAUUAUUAGAUGGUGUUAGAGCAUCUGGUAAUCGUGAUGUACAUAUUAAAAUGUGUCCAAUAUCACGUGGUAAAAGACUUGGUCCAUUAAAUCUUCCAGUUGAUGAAGAAGUUGAAACUUGUCAUGUUAAAUUUUUACAAACACCACCUGGUGGACGUACAUUUGGUGAAAUACUUGAACGAUUUAAUGCAAAUGUUCCAUACAGUGGUCUUCAUUAUUCAGUCACCCAAGACGGUUACAAACCGCUCGAGUGGACUGUAACCACAUUACAACUUGAAGUACACAAGGUGAUGGUUAACUACUUGCAGGGAUUAUUCACCGAGAACAAGGAUAAAAUAAUACUUGGUGCAUUGAGUGCAUUGGUGAGUCGUGAAUUGGAUACAAAUUAUGAAGUUGAAGCACAAUUUCAUGCAUUAAGAAGACUGGUUGCAAGUAAAGUUGGAUUUAUGGCAUUUACAUCAUUACAAGGUUUUCGUGAAGCUAUUGGUAAUAAAGUUGUUAAAGCAUUAAAACGACAAGAUUGUGGUGUAACACAAGCUGCUAUUGAUUGUAUUUGUGCACUUAUGCAAGCAAUGCAUGAUGAUUGUGAUUUACGUCAAGAACAAUUAAAUAAAAGCAGUUUAUUAAGUAGUAAUAAAUUUUUGGAAAGUCUUUUAGACAUGUGGAUUAAUCACGUUAAUCAUGGUACAGGUGCUCUGGUAGUAUCAGCCAUGCUGGAUCUUUUAACAUUUGCAUUAUGUGUACCAUACAGUGAAACAACUGAUGGUAAACAUUUUGAUAAUUUACUUGAAAUGGUAGCAGCACGUGGAAGAUCAUUAUUUAAAUUAUUUCAACAUCCAUCAUUGGCUAUUGUAAAAGGUGCUGGUUUAAUAAUGCGAGCAAUUAUUGAAGAAGGUGCACCAGAAAUAGCAGCAAGAAUGCAAGAAUUAGCACUUGCUGAGGGUGCAUUACCAAGACAUUUAUUAAAUAGUUUAUUUACAAGUGGUAGUGAUGGAAGAUUAUUAACACAUCGUCAAUUAUGUAGACAUUUAGUUGGUUUAUGGGUUACUGGUCAUCCAACAGCAAUGGGUUUAUUAAAAAGAAUAUUACCAGUUGGUUUAUUAACAUUUCUUGAUUCAGAUGAAAAAAUACCAGAUUCAUAUUUGGAAGAAGAAAGAUUAAAUAAUCGUGAUAAUUUAAAAAUAGCUAUUGAUCAUGCAACUAAAAAUAAACGUGGACCACAAUGGAUUGUUAUUGAACGACAAAUGAGAGUUGUUGAAAAACAUUUAGAAAAUGCAUUACAACAUUGGGGUGCAAGAGUUGGUAUUGAAAGACGUGAAAAAUUAAAAGAACGUCCAAUUGUAUUACGUAAACGUAGAGAAAGAAUUAAAUCAGAAGCAAAUUGGAAAUUAUUUUAUUAUAAAUUAAAUCAAGAUCAUUCAAUGCCAAAUUUAAUAUGGAAUCAUAAAACACGUGAAGAAUUACGUACAGCAUUAGAAAAUGAAAUACGUGCAUUUACUGCUGAUAAAGAUUUAUCUGGUGGUACAUUAAUAUCAUGGAAUCAUCGUGAAUUUGAAGUACAAUAUCAAUGUCUUGCUGAUGAAGUUAAAAUUGGUGAUUAUUAUUUACGUAUAUUACUUGAAAAAGAUUGUCCAGAUAGUCCAAUAAGAAAAUCAUAUGAAUUUUUUAAUGAUCUUUAUCAUAGAUUUUUGUUGACAACAAAAAUUGAAAUGAAGUGCCUUUGUUUACAAGCAAUGACUAUUGUUUAUGGACGUUAUUAUGAAGAUAUUGGACCAUUUUCAGAUACAAAAUAUAUUGCUGGUAUGUUAGAAAGAUGUUUAGAUAGAACAGAACGUGAUCGUCUUGUUAUGUUUAUUCAUAAAUUAAUAUUACAUAGAAAAAAUGUUAAAGAUAUUAUGGAUCAAAAUGGUGUUAGAGGAUUAGUUGAUUUAUUAACAUUAGCACAUUUACAUACAUCUCGAGCAAUGGUACCAACACAAACAAAUGUCAUUGAAGCUGGUCCUGAUCAAGAAAGAAUACUUGAAAAAGAAUGGUAUUAUAAUGAUGAUGAUAAAAGAGCUGGACCAAUUAGUCUUAAUGAAUUAAAAGAUUUAUAUAAUAAAAAAAAAAUUAAUCAUAAAACAAAAGUAUGGGCACAAGGUUUAGAUGGUUGGAGAAUAUUAUCACAAGUACCACAAUUAAAAUGGACACUUGUUGCUAAAGGUAAACCUGUUCUAAAUGAAAGUGAACUAGCAACACUUGUAUUAAAUAUAUUAAUACAAAUGUGUGAAUAUUAUCCAAGUCGUGAUACUGAUAAUGCUGUUAUACGUCCAUUACCACGUGUUAAACGUUUACUAUCUGAUUUACAAUGUUUACCCCACUUGGUACAGCUAUUAUUGACAUUUGAUCCAAUUCUUGUUGAACGUGUUGCUACAUUAUUGUGUGAAAUUAUGAAAGACAAUCCUGAUGUAUCAAAAAUAUAUUUAACUGGUGUAUUUUAUUUUAUUAUGAUGUAUACAGGAUCAAAUGUAUUACCAAUUGCAAGAUUUUUACAAUUAACACAUACUAAACAAGCAUUUAGAGGUGAUGAUACAACACCAUCUGAUAUUAUGCAACGUAGUGUACUUGGACAACUUUUACCUGAUGCCAUGGUUAGUUAUCUUGAAAAUCAUGGAGCUGAAAAAUUUGCACAAAUAUAUCUUGGUGAUUUUGAUACACCAGAAGCCAUUUGGAAUGCUGAAAUGCGUAGAAUGUUAAUUGAAAAAGUUGCUGCACAUAUUGCUGAUUUUUCACCACGGUUAAGAGCACAUACAAUGGCGAGAUAUCAAUAUAUUGCAAUACCAGCUGUUAGAUAUCCACAAUUGGAUAAAGAAUUAUUUUGUCAAAUAUUUUAUCUUCGUCAUCUUUGUGAUAUUAUUAAAUUUCCAAAUUGGCCAAUUCCACAACCAGUUUAUUUACUUAAAGAUGUACUUGAUGCAUGGAAAAAAGAAGUUGAAAAAAAACCACCAAUAAUGACUGUUGAUGAGGCAUAUAAAGUUCUGGGUCUUCAAAAUGGUAAACAACAUCAAGAGGCUGAUGUUAGAAAAUCAUAUUAUAAACUUGCACAAAAAUUUCAUCCUGAUAAAAAUCCAGAUGGACGUGAUAAAUUUGAAGCUGUUAAUCAAGCAUAUGAAUUUUUAUGUAGUCGUAGCUGUUGGACAACUGAUGGUCCAAAUCCUGAUAAUAUUGUAUUAAUUUUACGUACACAAAGUAUAUUAUUUCAUCGUUAUGCUGAUGAACUUAGACCAUAUAAAUAUGCUGGUUAUCCACAGCUUAUUAAAACAAUUAAACUAGAAACUGAAGAUGAUCAAUUAUUUUCAAAAUCAGCACCAUUAUUAUCAGCUGCAUCUGAGCUUGCAUAUCAUACUGUUGAUUGUUCAUCAUUAAAUGCUGAAGAAUUAAGACGUGAGGGUGGUUUAGAUAUAUUACUUGAGGCAUUUACACGUUGUGUAUCUGUUGUUAAUAAUUCAAGUAAACCAGAUGAUGUUGCUGUACAAGUUUGUGAACAUAUUACAAAAUGUUUUGCUGUUGCUGGUAAAUUUCGUGGUUGUAGAGAUAAAAUUGUUGAGUUACCACAAUUAAUUAAAGAUUUAUGUAGAAUAUUAUAUUUUAAACAUUUAACAAAAUUAUGUUCAGUUGCAACUGAAUGUAUAUCAUCACUUGCUAAUGACAGUAUUUUACAAAUGCAAUUAUUACAAUCUGGUGCACUUUGGCAUCUUUUAUUAUUUAUGUUUAAUUAUGAUUUUACACUUGAAGAGGGUGGUGUUGAGCGUUGUGAAGGUGAAAAUCGUCAAGAAGUUGCUAAUAAUUUAGCAAAGCUUGCUGUUAAAGCAUGUGCAAGAUUAGGUGGUUAUAUGAAAGGUGAUAAUGAAACACCAGUUAAUCCUGUAACUGUUGCUGCACUUGAAAGUUUAUUAACACCAUAUUUAUCACGUCAAUUGGCUAAAGAUAAACCUGAAGAUAUAUUAAAAAUAUUAAAUUCAAAUUGUUCAAAUCCAUAUUUAAUAUGGGACAAUGGUACAAGAGCUGAAUUUACAGAAUAUCUUGAGGCUAAACGUCAAGAAAAGUUGAAUGGACAAGGAAAUUUAGUUGAACAUGAUUUUAGUGAUUUUAAAUAUGCUGCACAUUCCAAUGAGCUUGUUAUUGGUGAAAUAUUUGUCAAAGUAUACAAUGAACAACCAACAUUUUUAAUUGAAAAUCCAAAAGGUUUUACAAUUGAUUUACUUGAUUAUUUAUCAAAAUCAACAGAAUAUUUAUCAUCAUUAAGUAGCAUGACAUUAUCAAAAAAAGAUCAAGAAAAAUUACGUAAUAUUGUCAUGUCAUUGGAAGCAUUAAAAAAUGUUAUUGUUAAUAAUCCAGGUAUUGAAAUGCAAUGUAUUGGACAUUUUACAUUAUUAUUUGGUCUUUUAAGUUGUAAUAAUUUUAAACAAAUACAAAAAGGUGCACUUGAGGUUAUUAGUAAUGUUACAAAAAAUCAUGAAUGUGUUAAUGACAUUGCUGCAAAUGAAGUUAUUGUACAUUUAUUAUUAACAUUACAAACAUUAAAAGAUUGUCAAUUACUUAUACUUGAAACAUUAUAUGGUUUAAUGAGUACAACAAAAAUUGUUAAAGAUGCAUUAACAAAAGGUGCUGUUGUUUAUAUACUUGAUUUAUUUUGUAAUUCAAGUAAUAUACAAAUACGUGAAUCAGCUGCUGAUUUAUUAGCUAAAAUGUCAUCAGAUAAAUUAGCUGGUCCAAAAGUUAAACUUGAUUUAUCAAAAUUUUUACCAAAAUUAUUUAGUGAAGCAAUACGUGAUGCACCAAAACAAUGUGUACAUAUGUUUGAAACAAAACAUGAAAAUCCAGAAUUAAUAUGGGAUGAUGAUACUAAAGAAAAAGUAUCAAGAACAAUAAGUCAACUUAAAGAUGAUUAUUAUUCAUUACAAAAAAGAAAUAUUAAUGCAAUAUUAAAAUUACCAGAAACACAAAAUAAUAUUGAUGCUGCAACAAAUGAACCAAUUGUUGGUGGUGUUUAUUUAAGAUUAUUUGUUGCAAGUCCAGCAUGGGCAUUAAGAAAACCAAAAGAAUUUUUAAGUGAAUUAAUGGAUACAUCAUUAUCAUUAAUGUCAAAAGAUAAUAAAAAUGAUUUAGAUAUGCUUGAAUUAACAACACAAGCACUUGUUUGUUUACUUCAAGCACAACCAUCACUUGCUGAUCAAGUACCAUCACUUGGUCACAUUCCAAGAUUAUGUAGACAAAUGGCUACUAGAAAUAGUCAACCAAGUGCUUAUAAAUCAGCAAUUCGUAUACUUCAUCAAUUGGCUAUUAGUGAAAUUUGUAUUAAUUCAAUAUGUCAAACAGAUUGUAUAAGUCCACUUAAGCUAGCUAUGCAAUCAAGAAAAGACAUGAUUGGUGUUGCUUGUGAAACACUACACAGAUUAUUUGCAACAAAUGAAGAUCGUUUAAUUAAACAAGCUCUUGAAGCUGAUAUGGUACCAUAUUUGUUAAAUAUACUAGAAGGAAGAUUAGAUUUAAUUGAUAAUCCAGCAACAACUAAAGCACAAAUUGUCAAAGCACUAAAAGCCAUGACAAGAAGUAUGCUACUUGGAGAAAGAGUUAAUUCAAUUUUAGAAAAAUCAACAGUAUGGGCUGAAUAUAAAGAUCAAAAACAUGAUUUAUUCAUAUCAAAUACACCUGCAUUUCAAUCAAUCACAGGAAUUCCAGUAUCUGCUGGUUAUUUAACAGCUGGACCUAGUGCGACAAUACCAAGUGUACCUCCUCCAGUCGAUCGAGAAGACAGAAUUCACAAUAGAAACGACAACAUCUGAUACGGAUAAAAAAAACAAUUAAAAUUUCUUUAUUAUUUUAUUUUUUUUUUGCCUAAAGUUGAAUUCAAUGUCUACGUAGAUCGUUCUUAAUAAUAAAAUGAAAAAAUAAAAAGAACCGAUUUAUCUGUGAUUUAUUAUAGCUCGAUGAA